CCCAGAAUGGCUCGUCGACCGUCUUCUCUUCCCUCUGCAAUCAAAAUUCUGCAAUCCAGCGGAAGCUUCUUCGUCAAUGUCAAUGAGCUGAUCUUUGCCUUCGAUUCACAGCACGAAGAAGAAGAAGAAGAAAUGGCGGAAGAGCCUGAGGUUGGGAUAAGCACAAUGGCAGAAGAGAAGGUAGAAAAACAAGAGAAGGAGAAAGAGACAUUGGAUCCCGACUUGUUCUGCUGCUUGCUCCAGCCUUGGAGCUCCGAAGCUGAUCCUGAUUACGUCGGAGUCCGGCGCCUCCUCCUUCACCGGAAGGCCCUAUCGGGCGUUCUCCGCCGCCGAGAUUGGAGAUGCAACGGAAAAGGUUACGUUGCGUACCGGAACUAUAUACGCCGGCCGAGGAAUUGGGAGACUCUGCAGGUACCGAGCCUCCAAAGCACUCCCGGGAACAGCGGGCGGUGGGUGCCAUCUCCAAAUCCUCUCUCCCUCUUAUAUGAAGCAGAAAGUUGGAGUUCGAGCAGGGUAAACAGUUGGCCGGAUCUACGGGGUGGCAAUCUAGCUUCAAGCCACAGAACAAGUUUCAGCUCCAGUGCAAGUGAUAACGAUCGGCCACGUCGGCAAAGGACUGAAGCUGCGUAUUCAUUUGUGGGGAUGCAGUGCAUCUUUGACCAAUGCAGAGCUUCUGUUACGGUUCUAAAGUUUGGUCACAUGAGUUCUGACCUACUUGCAUAUGGAGUGUCAGAUGGAAGUUUGACAGUAUGUACUGUUGCUGAGCCACCUUCAGUCAUGAAGCAAUUGACUGGACAUUCAAAAGAGGUCACAGAUUUUGACUUCACAUCAAACAAUCAGUACAUCGCAUCAACAUCAGCAGACAAAACUGUGAGAGUUUGGGAGAUAUCUAAAGGCAUCUGCAUUCGAGUUAUAUAUGGUGUAUCAUCACAGUUGUGUAUUCGAUUUCACCCUGUAAACAACAAUUUCCUUUCUGUUGGUAAUGCUAACAAAGAAAUUACUGUAUUCAACUUCAGCACUGGGAGGAUUAUCAAUAAGAUGGUCUUCAGUGGCGAGGUUACCUCGAUGGACCAUGAUCAUACGGGCAAUCUUAUCUUCUGUGGGGAUGCAAAGGGUUAUAUAUACUCCAUAAGUAUGAACUCUCACACAGGAGCGCUUUCACGUUCUCACCGUGAUCAUAGCAGCAGCAAACACAAGUCUCCUGUUACAACUGUGCAGUACCGAAGUUUCUCUCUGCUAGCACGAGGCCCUGUCCUGCUGACUUGUUCCCAAGAUGGAACUUUCUGUUUCUUCAGUGUUGCUCUGGAAGUUCAAGGUUAUCUAACACUUCGUUGCUCACUCAAAUUAGUUCCUCGAGUCCACAGCAUUAGUAGAGCUUCAUUUUGCCCCUUGCUCUCCCUUGAGAAGGGAGAAUAUAUAGUUACUGGAAGCGAGGACUCGAACGUCUAUUUCUACGACCUUACUCGACCAAGGCAUACAUGUGUAAACAAGCUACAGGGUCAUCGUUUUCCUGUUAUAGAUGUUGCCUGGAACCACGGGGAGAACUUGCUGGCUUCAUCUGACUUAUACGGGACAGUCAUCGUAUGGCGGAGAGCGAAAACAAGUUAGAAAAGAGAAUCAACAUAUACUACGAUUGAGGUUAAGUAUUACACAGUCUCAAGCAAAGAUCAUUAUUUUCCCACCGAAGAAUUGAGUCAUUUGUUUUACAUGUGAAAUUGUGGUAUAGUUUUCCUGCCCCCACAAACUGCUGCAUAAUUCUUUGUAGCAAGCACAUACAAUACAACAAAAGGGGUGUUCAUAGUUGUACAGGGCAAAAUCGAAAUAAUUCAUGUGAACUAAUUUUCAAGCCGUUAUGUGAGGUUGAGUCUUCCCAAGGUUCCAAUUGAUCGACUCGGCUGAUGUGUAUUACAUUAUGUAUAUUAAUUGAACUGGCAUUCUUUU